AUGCCGUUGCGCAAAGAGCCCUCAACGCCUCGCUCAGCUGCCUUCGAUUCUCGCCUCAGCCCGAACAACAAUGCGAACUCAGCUGCGCUGGCACCAUUGAUCCCGUUCAGACCCGGUCAGACGUCGUUGCGCAACCAGGCCAUUCUCACCGAAGACGAGUACACUUCGGCGCUAUCUUCGAUCAUCAAGCGCAAUUUCUUCCCUGGGCUGGAUCGGAUCACUGCCGAGAAUGAGUAUCUGGCUGCGGUGGAGUCGGAGGAGCCAGCGCGCGUUCGAGCUGCGUUGGACCGCUUGUUGCAGCUUGACCGGCGAGGUGCGGCAUCGCAGUCGAGGGUAAAGCGGGCACGCAAAGGAGAGUCGAACACUACGCCAGCAGUGAUCAGUGAAAGGGGCGAGUGGGACGAUACACCGAUCGCGUCUGGCUCUUCCUCGAGGAUAUUCAACCCGACAUUCACUCCUGCUGCUUCCACACCCGGGUUGAGCCAUGUCGACCAGGCAGAGGACCAAGACAUCUCCUCAGGCAUCGAGCCAGAUCUCAAUCUCUCCCUGGCAGGGUUUCAAGGGCGGUAUACAUCUGAAGACAACGCAAGCUUCUCACAGCUGCUCGAUCGCGAUAACCAAACACGCAAACGCAAGCACGCCCACCUCUUUGCACGCGAACGAGCCUCCGAGCAGCGCCGGAAACAAAUCAUCCAAGCAGAGGAACACGAUGCACAAAAGGGGAAGCAGCUCGCUAUCGACGCCAACCCGGACCAUCCAAAGCUGCUCGAGCAGGCGAAACCUUCCCUCCUCAUAGAAGCAAGCGAAGCAAAGAAACCCGAGCACAAUUUAGCGCCGCCUAAAAGCGGAAAAGACGCGAUGGACGACCUCAUACUCGUCUCCGAACCACGCCACGACGAUCGACAAGCACCCACCGCUCUCAAUCGAUGGAAAUACACUGCACGCAACCCUCUCAUGUACGGCGCCGAUGCCAACGAGUCUUAUCUGCACGCACGUCCCGCUCCACUCACGCCUACCACGGAUCAGCCCAAGCCGACGACCAACUUUGCCGCGCUCCGGCUGCCCUCCGAAUCCGAUGGUCUCGCAGAGACCGAGGAGAGCGAAGCCGGCUGGUCGCCGAGCAGUUCGCGUGUCGAUGAGGCUAUUCGGCGGGGACGAGCCGGGUCGUUUGCGUCUUCGAUCGGCUCCAAAGGCGCUGCUUUGGAAGAGACGCCGAAAGUCAAUGGGUACGGGUUUGUCACACCGUACUCGACGCCCCAGCACAGUGUCUCGCAUGCAGAGGACGCGCACCUGCGUAUCUACAACGCGAUAAAGGCUAAGCACCUUGCCGAGCCGCUUUUGUCAACGAGUACGCCUGCGGGCAGUGGAUUCCAAUUACCACAGUUGGGCAGACGCGAGGAGCUGGCUCAGAAGCUCGCCUCGACCGCCUCGCCGGCAGCGGGAGCAGCGACGCCGUACGGCAAAGCGAGCAAAGCCAAGUAUGCCGGUUUGACGGGGCUGAGGGCGAGAGCGUUUGCUAGUCCGCAACGUAGCACGAGUAGCAAAGUCGGCGGAUUGACGCCAGCUGCAAGGGCGUUGUUAGAUAGGAGCACGAGGGGGAUCACCCCGACGACGGAGCGUCGAGACUUGACCACUCCGGCAGCAACGCGGCGUGAAAACGAGAAGAGGAUCGCAGAUCGAAGCUGGACACCGACCCCUCGACGAAUGCCUUGA